CUUUAUUAUUUUUUAUUAAAUUCUCCUCCUUCAUCUCAAUUAAAAAAGUUUCAUUUUACCGUAAUUCCUUUUCCGAAAUGGCAACAUCAGCUGUCAACCCCGCGACCUCCCUCUCCUCCCAGACCCGCAUCUCCUUCGCCGGCGCUUCCUCUCCCUCGUGGCGAACGUCUCCGGUAUCUCAGACCUCCGGCGCUCUCUCUCUUUUUCAUAAAUCUCUCACUAUCUUCCUCUCACUGUUUAGAUACUGGGUCCGCCGCCGGUGACCAUCGGAACUCCUCUCCGGUACUUCCAUACAGGGCCACGAGCCCUCCAGCUCAUGUAUCCUCUCAUUUUAUCAGCGACUCUCUAUCUCUCACUAUCUAUUUGAGGGCUCGUAUAUAUCUAUCCUAAAUGGGUUUGUGAAAAUAAAUUAGAGUUUGUUAGUCUCAUACGCAAUGGGUAUUGAUGGUUUUCUGAUUUUAUUGAUGGAAAAGUUUGAUUUUUAUUAGUUUACACGUUUGGAUUGUUGAUAUGUUUGGAAAAAAUAAAAAAAUUUGGGUUCUGGUGUUGUUUUGAGUAGGAAUUCCCUAUUGUUUUCCAAUCCUUCUUCUCAGUAGAAAAAGGAGAAGAAGGUGCAGAAGAGGAAGAUUCAGGAGGUUUUGAAAGGGAGUGUUUCAAGGAAUUAUUGACGGGAAAAAAAUUGAUGGAGGAAGACGCUAGCUCUUGGAUCAGAAGAACAAAAUUUUCCCACACUGUUUGUCAUCGUUGGGACUCUUCAAGAUUGGCCUCCGUUCCUUUCAUUGUUCAGAUAGACUGGAUUUCGGGGUUGAACUCUAGACCCACAAACAGGGAAACUCCUGGUAAUCAUAACGAAAAUCCAAGUUAUUCACAGAUCCAGAGAAAUCCCAUUACCAACAAGCAGAGAUCUUUAUCACCUCUACCGGAGACUCUACUUUCCGAUGAGUUUAAGGAAGUUCGAUCUGAUCGGAAGAGAUUCUCAACUCCCAACCGUAGGAGGAAAGAGAUAGACAAGGGAAUUGUGGGAAAUGUUUUCCACAAGGAUUCCCAUGUAUCCAAGGCAUGGAACUCGAGUACUAGCCCUCUCAGGCAUCUAGCUUCCAUGAAAGUUAAUAACAAGUUGAAGAACCGGAAGGAAUCGCCGUGGGCCAAGUAUUUUGAUCAUACUGGUGGAAGGGUUACUGCUGUGGAAGCAGCAGAUGAAUGGAGUGUUGAUAUGUCACAGUUAUUUCUUGGGCUUAAAUUUGCUCAUGGAGCUCAUAGCCGGCUUUACCAUGGGAUUUACUUUGAUGAACCUGUUGCCGUUAAGAUUAUUAGGGUCCCAGAUGAUGACGAAAGUGGAGCCUUGGCAGCACGAUUAGAGAAACAGUUUAGCAGAGAAGUUCAUCUUCUCUCUCGUCUUCACCAUCAAAAUGUCAUAAAGUUCAAAGCAGCAUGCAGAAAGCCACCAGUUUAUUGUGUCAUCACCGAAUAUUUAUCAGAGGGUUCCUUGAGAGCAUACUUGCACAAACUCGAACAUAAAUCUCUACCGUUACAGAAGCUAAUUGUUAUUGCCUUGGACAUAGCAUGUGGAAUGGAAUUCAUUCACUCACAACGUGUUAUUCAUAGGGACUUAAAGCCUGAAAACAUUCUUAUUGAUCGAGACUUCCGCCUGAAAGUUGCUGAUUUUGGUAUAGCAUGCGAGGAGGCAUAUUGUGAUUCUUUGGCAGAUGACCCAGGCACUUACCGAUGGAUGGCACCUGAGUUGAUCAAGCAUAAAUCCUAUGGGCGGAAAGUUGAUGUGUACAGUUUUGGAUUAAUUUUAUGGGAAAUGGUGGCAGGGACAAUCCCAUAUGAGGAUAUGAACCCCAUUCAAGCUGCAUUUGCCGUAGUGAAUAAGAAUUUGAGGCCUGAUAUCCCGGGGGACUGUCCGCCUGCUAUGCGAGCUUUGAUCGAACAGUGUUGGUCCUUGCAACCAGAUAAAAGGCCAGAGUUUUGGCAGAUAGUUAAGGUACUAGAACAAUUUGAAUCUUCACUUGCAUAUGAUGGAACUUUGAGUCUUGUGCUUAACCAAACUGGCCAUGAUCAUAAGAAGAAACUUCUUCUCUGGAUUCAGAAGCUUGGUCCUGUGAAUUCUAAUAGUUUGUCUAUGUCAAAGCCAAAACCAAGGCGAAAAUUAUAUUGAAUCUUUGGUAGAACCUGGUAAAUUGUAAUUGAAAAAAGGACCUGGUCCAUUUUUCUAAGCCUUUUUAUUAGUGUUACUCACAGUCAUGUGUCACAAAUUGGUUAGGUUGUAUGCAAACAAGCAUUAAAGUGAGUAAAUGCUUUUACACAUCUAUGUACACAGCAAACAUAAAUACAUACGUAAAUGAUCUUCAUAUAACAUCGCUAAGCUUAUUUUGGACAGAGGUGAUGUAUCACCUUAUCAUUUCUUAAUAUAUACAUAUAUUUUCAA